CCUGUUUGCUGCCUUCGUCCAUCAAGUAUCCAUGGCGCGGCUCCUCCUCCUCCUCCUCGGGGCCUCCGUGCUGCUGCUCGCGUCCGCCGUCACGGCGCAGGACUGCCUGUCCGCGACGUUCAGCGGCGGGCGGACGUUCGGCAAGUGCAACAGCCUGCCGUCGCUCAGCGCCAGCCUGCACUGGACGUACCACCCGGAGAACGGCACGGCCGACGUGGCGUUCCGCGCGCCGUCGGACCCCAGCGGCUGGGUCGCCUGGGGCAUCAACCCCGACAGCGGCGGCAGCAUGGAAGGGAGCAGCGUCUUCGUCGCCUCGCAGGACGGCAGCGGCGCCGUGUCCAUCCUCAUGACCAACCUGGAGAGCACCAGCCCCAGCCUCACCAACACCACCGCCCUCAAGUUCAAGGUGCCCGCCGGCCCCGCCGCCGAGUACUCCGACCGCGCGUACACCAUCUACGCCACGGUGGAGCUUCCCCGGAACUCCACGCAGCAGUUCACGGUGUGGCAGGCCGGCCCAGCGACCAGCAACGGUGGCAUCUCCCCUCACCCGACGGCGCCGGCCAACUUGGCCAGCACCCAGCGGCUGGACUUCCUCUCCGGCUCCAGCACCGCCGCGCCAAACUCCAAGCUUCACCGCCGUAACAUCCACGGGAUGCUGAACGCGAUUGCGUGGGGCGUCCUGAUCCCCACGGGCGCCAUCAUCGCGCGCUACCUGCGCGUGUUCGAGUCCGCGGACCCGGCAUGGUUCUACCUCCACAUCGCCUGCCAGUGCUCCGGCUACGUCCUCGGCGUGGCCGGCUGGGGCCUGGGGCUGAAGCUGGGCAGCGAGUCCGCCGGCGUCACCUACCAGCCCCACCGCAGCAUCGGCAUCGCCAUCUUCUGCCUGGCCACCCUCCAGGUGCUGGCGCUGCUGCUCAGGCCCGACAAGAAGAACAAGUACAGGCUCUACUGGAACAUCUACCACCACUCCGUCGGCUACGCCGUCAUCGUCCUCAGCGCCGUCAACAUCUUCAAGGGGCUCCACAUCCUCGAGCCGGCCAGCGGCUACAAGACCGCCUACAUUGUCAUCCUGGCCACGCUCGCCGGCAUCGCGCUCUGCCUCGAGGCCAUCACGUGGCCCAUCGCCAUCCGGAAGCGCAGGCGGAACGCCGACAAGGCGUCCGGCGGCAACGGCUGGCAGCAGGGUGCGUAGUAGGGACCAGAUCGCCCGGCUUGUGCUUAGUUUUGAAUGCGAGAGAGGGAUGUGAUAUCGAUGUGCUCAUGUCGUUGUUCAGAGGGAUCGUUGCUGCCUGUGCUUUCUUUCUCUUCCUGUUAUUACUACCUCUCUAGUCUGUACUUGUUUAUUUAUUUUAUUUAUGUUUCUUCUGUUUUGUUUAUUUAUUUUAUUAUUAGGGUUCCAUAUUGCCAUUUGU